ACUGUAGCACCUACUGCACCUACAUACAUACAUACAUAAGUUAUAACCGGUUUUCAGUGAUAUACAUAUUAUGUAUAUAUGUUAUUACAAAUACCAUCUUAUUGUUUAGUAAUAUUAUAAUGAGUAAACUAUUAAUAGUAAAUAUUGUAGGGCUAGGCGGGAACCUAGUUUAAUAUUUUAUGUGAUAAUGGCCAUCUUUACUGAUUUGUGAUAUUCUUAAAUGACUAGAAAAACAAGGCAGAAGUUUUCUUUUGCUCAUACGUUCAUGUUGAUACUUACAUCAGUGUGAGAGGAGUCCUGUGAAUCCCUAUUUAUGAUUAACUGAAAUGGCUGGACACAAGGUUGCUCAUGCUGUCCUGAAAGGACCGAGUGUUGUCAAGGAGUUAUGCAUUGGAUCGGUUCUUGCAUUGGCUGCAGGUAGCCUCUGGAAAAUGCAGCACUGGAAUGAGCAAAGAAAAGUGAGGACUUUCUAUGACUUGCUCGAGAAGGGUGAGAUCGGUGUUGUGGUGCAAGAAGAGUAAAUAUUAGAUGUUUUUCUCUUAUGAUUUUCUUAUUUGGCUGCUUGCAAUCAUUUUGGGUUUUCCGCAUUUGGCUCUUGAGCUUUGAUGUUGAAUUUUCAAAGAAUAAAUUUCCCCUAUUCAAUUGUGGAUAUAAUUUGAUGUACUAUUGCAUCUUAUAGAAAUUGGUAUUUACUUUGCUUUGCGUCCACAUAGUUUUAUGGAAUUGCUUGAACUGCAUAUUAUGUGCUAA